CUGACCCAGUUCUGUCCAAUCAGUUCAAUUGGUUCUCCAAUAUUACCAGGGACCAGAAUCAGUCUAAGGAGCUUGGAAACCACAGCAGACAGCGUGAUCUCUGGGACCCAGGAAUCUACAUUUCGAAAACUAGCCCGGGAGGUUCUGACACAGCUGGUCCACAGAGCCCAGUGGAGGAAGUACCGUGGACUGUUCAUGGAGGGAUCACUUCAGCAAGGAAAGCCCGAGUUCCCCCAGAAGGUGUCCACUUCCUUGUCAUGCAAGGACAUAAGAGAUCUUGAUAUAUACCACCAGAGAGGAAAACAUGACCCUUUGGUCUUUGCUUCUGACCUGCCUUUUCCUGCCGAUCUCUAGUUUCCAUGAGCUCUUCACUGGAGCAUAUCAUUCUAGAAGCUAUCCUUGCGAUGAGAAGAUAAAGAAUGACUCUGUUAUCGCACAGUGCAACAACCUUCGACUGCAAGAAGUUCCCCAAACAGUGAGCAAGUAUGUGACAGCACUAGACCUGUCUAAUAAUUUCAUCACAUUCAUAAGAAACGACUCAUUUCAAGGGCUGCAAAAUCUUACUACAAUAAAUCUAAACCACAAUGCCAAUCAACAGCACCUGAAUGAAAACCCUGAUAUAAGCAAAAGUGGCAUGAGGAUUGCAGAUGGGGCAUUCCUCAACCUACAAAAUCUAAACCAGCUACUGCUUGAAGACAACCAAUUAGACCAAAUACCUGCUGGUUUGCCGGGGUCUUUGAGGGAACUUAGUCUAAUUCAAAACAACAUAAUUUGCGUAACUAAAAAGAAUACUUCCGGACUGAUGAAUCUGGAAAGACUCUAUUUGGGUUGGAACUGCUAUUUUGGCAAUAAUUGUGAUAAUAAAACUUUCGACAUAGAAGAUGGAACGUUUGAAAGUCUUACAAAUUUGAAGGUGCUGUCACUGUCUUUUAAUAAGCUUGUCCAUGUGCCACCUAAAUUGCCGGACUCCCUAAUAGAGCUUUAUCUUAGCAACACCAAGAUUAAAGUCGUCAGUCAGGAAGACUUCAAAGGACUGACAAAUUUGAAAGUGCUAGAUUUAAGUGGGAACUGUCCAAGGUGUUUCAACGCGCCAUUUCCCUGUACACCUUGUGAAGGAGGCUCUUCAAUUCAGAUCCAUCCUCUUGCUUUCCAAACCCUGACGGAACUUCGCUACCUAAACCUCUCUAGCACUUCCCUCCGGAAGAUUCCUGCCACGUGGUUUGAAAGUAUGCAUAAACUGAAGGUGCUGCAUCUGGAAUUCAACUAUUUAGUUAAUGAAAUAGCUUCUGGGGAAUUUUUAACAAAACUGCCCUCCUUAGAAAUUCUUGACCUAUCUUAUAACUAUGAAAAGGCAAAAUAUCCAAGCUAUAUUAGCAUUUCUCAAAACUUCUCUCAUCUGACGUUGCUUCAGACAUUACACUUGAGAGGUUAUGUGUUCCAGGAACUUAAAGCAGAACAUUUCAAGCCCCUGAUGAGUCUCUCAAACUUAAAGACUAUCAACUUGGGCAUUAACUUUAUUAAGCAAAUUAAUUUUACCCUUUUCCAAAAUUUCCCCAACCUGACAAUCAUUUAUUUGUCAGAAAACAGAAUAUCACCCUUGGUAAACAAUAUCAAGCAAAACGAUACAAGUGGUUCCUCUUUUGAAAGUCAUAUCCGUAGGCUACGCUCAGCAGAUACGGGGUUCGACCCACAUUCAAAUUUUUAUCAUAACACCAACCCUUUAAUAAAGCCACAGUGCACAGCUUAUGGCAAAGCCUUAGAUUUAAGCCUGAACAGUAUUUUUUUUAUUGGGCCACAGCAAUUCAAAGCUUUUCAUGACAUUGCCUGCUUAAAUCUGUCUUCAAAUGGCAAUGGCCAAGUGUUACAUGGGACUGAGUUUUCAGCUGUGCCUCACAUCAAAUAUUUGGAUUUGACAAACAAUAGACUGGACUUUGACGAUGAUAAUGCUCUCAGUGACCUGCCGGACUUAGAAGUUCUCGAUCUCAGCUACAAUGCACACUAUUUCCGAAUAGCAGGGGUAACGCACCGCCUAGGAUUUAUUCAAAAUUUAACACAACUAAAAGUUUUAAACUUGAGCCACAACAGCAUUUAUACUUUAACGGAGCAAGACCUGAGAAGCAUGUCCCUGAGUGAGUUAGUUUUCAGUGGAAACCGCCUUGACAUUUUGUGGAAUGCUGAACGUGACAAGUAUUGGAAAAUUUUUACAAAUCUCAGGAAUCUGAAAUGGCUUGAUUUGUCCUUGAAUAACCUUAGGCGCAUCCCGAAUGAGGCUUUCAUUAACUUGCCCCAGAGUCUUACCAAACUACUCAUAAGUGAUAAUGUGUUAAAUUUCUUUAACUGGACAUUGCUCCAACAGUUUCCUCAUCUCAAGUUGCUCGACUUAAGUGGAAACAGGCUGUCCUCUUUGACCAACAGCCUCUCUAAAUUCACGCCUUCUCUUCGCACGCUGCUACUGCGUCGAAACAGGAUUUCCCACCUGCCCUCUGGCUUUCUUUCUGAAGCCAGUAGUCUGUCUCACCUCGAUUUAAGUUUCAACCUGCUGAAGAUGAUCAACAAGUCAACACUUCAAACUAAGACUGCCACCAAUUUAGCCAUUUUGGAACUAGGUAGGAACCCUUUUGACUGUACCUGUGACAUCGGAGAUUUUCGAAGAUGGAUGGAUGAAAAUCUGGAUGUCACAAUUCCUAGAUUGGCAGAUGUCAUUUGCUCUAGCCCGGGGGAUCAAAGGGGGAAGAGCAUCGUGAGUCUAGAGCUAACAACUUGUAUUUCAGAUACCAUUGCGGCGAUACUGUGUUUCUUCACAUUCUUUAUCACCAUCACGGUUAUGUUGGCUGCCCUGGGUCACCAUUGGUUUUACUGGGAUGUUUGGUUUAUCUAUCAUGUGUGUUUAGCUAAGGUAAAAGGCUACAGGUCUCUUUCCACAUCCCAAACUUUCUAUGAUGCCUAUGUUUCUUAUGAUACCAAAGACGCCUCUGUUACCGACUGGGUGAUAAAUGAGCUACGCUUCCACCUAGAAGAGAGCGAAGAAAAAAAUGUGCUCCUCUGUUUAGAGGAGAGGGACUGGGACCCGGGAUUAGCCAUCAUCGAUAACCUCAUGCAGAGCAUAAACCAAAGCAAGAAAACAAUAUUUGUCCUAACCAAAAAAUAUGCCAAAACCUGGAACUUUAAAACAGCAUUCUACUUGGCGUUGCAGAGGCUAAUGGAUGAGAAUAUGGAUGUGAUUAUAUUUAUUCUGCUGGAGCCUGUGUUGCAGAAUUCUCAGUAUCUGAGGCUGCGCCAAAGGAUCUGCAAGAGCUCCAUUCUUCAGUGGCCUGACAACCCCAAGGCGGAAGGCUUGUUUUGGCAAAGUCUGAAGAACGUGGUCUUAACUGAAAAUGAUUCACGGUAUAACAAUUUGUAUGUUGAUUCCAUUAAACAGUACUAACUGAUGUUAAAUCAUGGCUCGCCAACAUAAUAAAAAUGCAAAGCAAUUAC